AUGGGGACGGGACCCGGCGUCUCCGGGCGCCGCGCGGCCUCCAGGCCGAGCCCCGGGCCGCCCUCCCGGGACUCCGAGCCCGGCGGGGCGGGGGGUCGCGGGCGCGACGGGGAAGGCCAGGUAUGCCACCACGCCGACUGCCAGCAGCUGCACCGCCGGGGCCCCCUCAACCUCUGCGAAGCUUGUGACAGCAAGUUCCACAGCGCCAUGCAUUAUGAUGGGCACGUCCGCUUCGACCUGCCCCCCCAAGGCUCUGUCCUGGCGCGGAAUGUGUCCACCCGGUCAUGCCCCCCGCGCACCAGCCCUGCAGCGGACUUGGAGGAGGAGGAGGAGAGCUCUGUGGAUGGCAAGGGGGACCGGAAGAGCACAGGCCUGAAACUCUCCAAGAAGAAAGCCAGGAGGAGACACACAGAUGACCCAAGCAAGGAGUGCUUCACCCUGAAAUUCGACCUGAACGUGGACAUCGAGACGGAGAUCGUACCCGCCAUGAAGAAGAAGUCGCUGGGGGAGGUGCUGCUGCCGGUAUUUGAAAGGAAGGGCAUUGCUCUGGGCAAAGUGGAUAUCUACCUGGACCAGUCCAACACGCCCCUGUCCCUCACCUUUGAGGCCUACAGGUUCGGGGGGCACUACCUGCGGGUUAAAGCCAAGCCAGGGGAUGAGGGGAAGGUGGAGCAGGGGGUGAAGGACUUCAAGUCCCUGAGUCUGCCAAUCCUGCGGCCAGCCGGGGCCGGGCCCCCCUCCCAGGAGCGCGUGGACCUCCAGAGCCGCCGGGAGAGCCUGGACAUCCUGGCCCCUGGCCGCCGACGCAAGAACAUGUCGGAGUUCCUGGGGGAGGCGAGCAUCCCUGGGCAGGAGCCCCCCACGCCCUCCAGCUGCUCGCUGCCCAGCAGCAGCAGUAGUGGUGGCGGCAGCAGUGGUGGCGGCGACAGCUGGAAGAACCGGGCGGCCAGUCGCUUCAGCGGCUUCUUCAGCUCGGGCCCCAGCACCAGCUCCUUCGGCCGGGAGGUGGACAAGAUGGAGCAGCUGGAGGGCAAGCUGCACGCCUACGGCCUCUUUGGGCUGCCCAGGCUGCCCCGGAGGCUGCUCUUUGACCAUGACUCGUGGGAGGAGGAAGGUGACGAAGAGGAGGAUGAGGACGACGCCUGUCUGCGGCUGGAGGACAGCUGGCGGGAGCUCAUUGACGGGCAUGAGAAGCUGACCCGGCGGCAGUGCCACCAGCAGGAGGCGGUGUGGGAGCUCCUGCACACAGAGGCCUCCUACAUUAAGAAACUGCGGGUGAUCACCAACCUGUUCCUGUGCUGCCUCCUGAACCUGCAAGAGUCGGGGCUGCUGUGUGAGGUGGAGGCGGAGCGCCUGUUCAGCAACAUCCCGGAGCUCGCGCGGCUGCACCGCGGGCUGUGGGGCAGCGUGAUGGCGCCGGUGCUGGAGAAGGCGCGGCGCACGCGGGCGCUGCUGCAGCCCGGCGACUUCCUCAGAGGCUUUAAGAUGUUCGGCUCCCUCUUCAAGCCCUACAUCCGAUACUGCAUGGAGGAGGAGGGCUGCAUGGAGUACAUGCGCGGCCUGCUGCGCGACAACGACCUCUUCCGGGCCUACGUCACGUGGGCGGAGAAGCACCAGCAGUGCCAGCGGCUGAAGCUGAGCGACAUGCUGGCCAAGCCCCACCAGCGGCUCACCAAGUACCCGCUGCUGCUCAAGUCGGUGCUCAGGAAGACGGACGAGCCGCGCGCCAAGGAGGCCGUCGUCGCCAUGAUCGGCUCGGUGGAGCGCUUCAUCCAGCACGUGAACGCGCGCAUGCGGCAGCGGGAGGAGCGGCAGCGGCUGGCGGCCGUGGUGGGCCGCAUCGACGCCUACCAGGUGGUGGAGGGCAGCACCGACGAGGCGGACAAGCUCCUGAAGGAAUUUCUGCAUCUGGACCUGACAGCACCCAUCCCCGGCGCCUCCCCUGAGGAGACGCGCCAGCUGCUGCUGGAAGGGAGCCUGAGGAUGAAGGAGGGGAAGGACAGCAAGAUGGACGUGUACUGCUUCCUCUUCACCGACCUGCUCUUGGUGACCAAGGCAGUGAAGAAGGCUGAGAGGACCAAGGUCAUCAGGCCGCCACUGCUGGUGGACAAGAUCGUGUGCCGGGAGCUUCGGGACCCUGGCUCCUUCCUCCUCAUCUAUCUGAACGAGUUCCACAGCGCUGUGGGCGCCUACACGUUCCAGGCCAGCGGCCAGGCUUUGUGCCGAGGCUGGGUGGACGCCAUCUACAAUGCCCAGAACCAGCUGCAGCAGCUGCGUGUGCAGGAGCACCCAGGCAGCCAGCAGCACCUGCAGAGCCUGACAGAGGAGGAGGAGGAGGAGGAAGAAGAGGAGGAGGAAGGAGGGGGGAGCAGCACGUCGGCGGCCAGUUCCCCGACCCUCCUGCGCAAAAGCAGCAACAGUCUUGACUCCCAGCACUGUGCCUCGGACGGCUCCACGGAGACCCUGGCCAUGGUGGUGGUGGAGCCUGGGGAGAUGAUGUCCUCUCCUGAGUUCGAGGGCGGCCCCUUCAGCUCGCAGUCAGAUGGGACCUCUCUCAGCACCACCGCCUCAUCAGCCACGCCCACCAGCGAGCUGCUGCCCCUGGGCCCGGUGGACAGCCGCUCCUGCUCCAUGGACUCUGCCUACGGCACCCUCUCCCCAACCUCGUUGCAAGACUUUAUGGCCCCAGCCCCCACAGUGGAGGCAGCACCCCGGCCCCCAGAGUUCCCACAAGCCCCUUCCCCCCAAGCCUCGCCCCGCCUCCGCCGCCGCCGCACUCCUGUCCAGCUGCUGCCCUGUCUGCCCCACCUGCUCAAGUCCAAAUCCGAGGCCAGCCUCCUCCAGCUGCUGUCGGCCACCACCCGUGGAGCGCCCGCGGCCCCUAGCCGCAGCCUGUCGGAACUCUGCUUGGCGGCUGCCGUCCCGGGCACCCGGACUCAGGGCUCCCCUCGGGAAGCUGGGCCCAGCUGGGAUUGCCGGGGGGCACUGGGCACUGGCAGUGGCCCCGAGCUGUCAGAGCUGGAGGAUGGAGCCAGCUGCCCAGGUGGGGAGCCCGAAGGACCCACCAGGAGAAGCAGAGAGCUGCCCUCGGGAGCCUCGCCCAGGGUCCAGCCUGAGCCCCCCCCAGGGACCUCUGCCCAGCACAGGAAGCUGACCCUGGCCCAGCUCUACCGAAUCAGGACCACCCUGCUGCUUAACUCCACCCUCACUGCCUCGUGAGUGGCCCGGCCCGGGGCGGAGGACCGGUGGCCUGGUGUGCUGGGGGCACUGUCAUGGCUGGGAGCAGAUGGCAUUUGGGGACGGGGACGGGAGAGGGAGCCAGAGACCGGCCGCGGCCCCUGGUGAGGAUGAACACGGUGGGCAGGGGUGAAGACGAGGCUGAGGAUGCCGGAUGCCGGUUGGGAGGAGAGGGCGGCUGGAGCCUCUCCGAAUGCCAUCAGCCAAGGAAGGACCGUCUCUCCCCUCCUCUCCACUGCAGGGAGGUCUGAGCGGAGGGAGGCCCCCAAGGGUGCCACUGACCAAGGGACAGCGGACAGCUUGUCCCCCGUGGUGUGCCGGCCCCUGCUCCAGCAGCUGCCUUGCGUGUGCACCACGAGCCGGAGUGCCAGGCGGGACCCCUGCCGCCACCCCCCGGGGCCGAUUUGCACUUUGCCAGACUGGAUGGAAGUGGAGGAGGGCUCGGCAGAGGCCCAGGCCCACGCUGCGGGAGCCACCCGCACUAACAUGCCUGUCCCCCUGCCCCCGCCCCCCCAGCCCUAGCCCAACACUCCCUGAAGUCACGGCGCCAACCCCCUGAGCUGGGCUCUAGGGCUGGGAUCCCAGCAGCCCUUCCUACCGCCACCUUCAUCUGGCCCCAGAUGGGAUGUGUCCCCUGCCCUCACUCCCCUCCCUCCCUCCCAGUCCUUGGGUUGGGCUCCGUGUAAAGUUGCAUAUUUAUUGAGCUUUUGAUUCUUUUAUAAAGACUUGUAUAU